UCACCAGAGCGGAGAAGCCGUCUUGCGAGCCGCCGUCAGCACAGCAAAAAAUAAAACCCAAACGAUGACAUACUUACAAAAACGACAGAAGCAAACAUUAAUUUGACAACUUCCGACCCCGCACCUUGCCGUCGCCGCUCCUUGCUGUAAGUGCCCCGCUCCAACUUUCCAGCCCCUUCCCCCCAGCCCAUCGGCCCUCCAGUCCAGCAGGACCAUGAUGCUCAGCAGCUCCGUGGAGGUGCCCAGCCCGGGUGGGAUGAGCGGCCUGAGCGGGCUGAGCACAGCGGCCCGGAACGUGGUGCGCUCCUCCAGCAUCUCGGGGGCCAUGUACAGCCUGGAGAAAAGCCCCGGCAGUGGGGUCCCAGACUCGGCAUCGUUGGCUGGCACUAAGAAGCGGCGUUCCAGUUUGGGCGCCAAGAUGGUGGCCAUUGUGGGGUUGUCGCAGUGGAGCAAGAGUACACAGCAGCUCAAUCAGCAAGACGGCGGGACGAAGAAGCUCCGCAGCACCAUCCGGCGGAGCACGGAGACCGGCAUCGCCGUCGAGAUGAGGAAUCGAGUGACACGGCAGGGCAGCAAGGACUCAACCGACGGCAGCACUAACUCAAAUAGCUCUGAUGGAACGUUUGUCUUCCCUACCACACGCCUGGGGCCUGAGAGCCAGUUCAGUGAUUUUCUGGACGGACUAGGCCCCGCUCAGAUCGUGGGCCGGCAAACAUUAGCUACACCCCCAAUGGGGGAUGUACAUGUAGGCAUGGUAGACAGAGGAGGACAGCUGGAGGUGGAGGUCAACCAGGCCAGAGGGUUGAUCCCCAAACCAGGCUCCAAGAACAUACCAGCAACCUACGUGAAGGUGUAUGUUCUAGAGAAUGGAAUGUGCUUGGCCAAGAAGAAAACCAAAGUAGUAAAGAAGAAUCUGGACCCCACCUACCAGCAGGCUCUAUUGUUUGAUGAGAGUCCUCAGGGCAAAGUCCUACAGGUAAUAGUGUGGGGGGAUUAUGGGCGUAUGGACCACAAGUGCUUCAUGGGAAUGGCCCAAAUCCUUCUGGAGGACUUGGACCUGUCUGCCACAGUCAGCGGCUGGUACAAGCUGUUCCCUACCUCCUCUCUGGCAGACCCCAGCAUCGGACCCCUCACCAGACGCCUCUCUCAGUCCUCCCUGGAGAGUGCCACCAGCCCUUCAUGCACCUAGACACCCAGGACAGCACACACACACACACACACACGCGCACAAGGAAGAGUCAUGCAGACACAGACGCACGUACUGUAUAUACACGACGAAUAUAUCUGAAGUGCAAGGCAGGUAGGCAUACAUACACAAAGAGAUGCAUCUGCACAGGACAACAUACUCGACAUACAUACAAAUACCCAAUCUCACCCACAUUAACACACAUGCACUCUCAACAUGCUGCCAUAUUCUUUACUGGAAUAUCCUCUCAAUCGUCAUUCAUGCUCUCACCCACUGGUCAGUGUUAGUUGGCUAAAUGAUUAGCAGAUCCAAAUCGGAGAGGACACGUAGACCUGAACAUGUAGCAUUUUUCACCCACCUGUUUCAAACAUUUCAUACCACGAAACCAGGAUUCACCGGGUGCCGUGUUCUGCAGUCCAAGAUUUCCAUGGCACAGCUCAUCCCAGGGCACAUCCCGAUGCCAGUUUCUAAACUCUCUAUGCCAAACUAAGAAAAAGAACUUUAUUUUUUAAAACCAAAGCAAUUGUUAUUGUUGUUAUUAUUACUAUAAGUAGUAGGUGAACUAGUAUACAAUAUAAAAUAUGGAUAUGUAGCAGAGUCUAUGACUUAGAUGUAAUGCAAAAAAAAAUAGAAGAUACACUUUAUACACACACACACACACACACACACACACACACACACACACACACACACACACACACACACACACACACACACA